AUGUCGACAGUACCCGAGACGCCUCGUAGUAAAACUUCUUUUAAUCCAUCUACACCCACAACAUCUCGUAUCACAGGCUCUCAUGUCCAGUCUUCGCCUCACUACACCACCACUCGAAGGCACUCCCUUUACGGUGUCGAGGACCGUAUAAUCAUCGAUCCUGGUUCUUUGAUAUGGAAAGUUGGGUUCAGUGGCGAAGGUCGGCCGAGAGAGGUUUUUUACGCUGGUGGAAAGGCCGCAAAGGGACUAUGGGACUUAACAAGAGCAACGGAUGGUGCAGAGCGUCAGGAAGAAGAUAAGCUCCUCGAUAUCAGGCUUGAGCAGAGCCUGAGAGCCGUCUUUCACGAUUCGUUACUAACAGAUCCUAAAGCAAGGAAGGUCAUCAUCGUCGAAAAUCCAUUGUUGCCGCUACACAUCAAGGAAGCUUUGGCGCGGAUACUUUUUGGAAACUUGCAGGUUCCCUCCGUAUCUUUUGCUUCGAGCCAUUUGUUAUCCCUACUUGCAGUUGGACGAAUCACAGGCUUAGUUCUCGAUUGCGGCAACUUGGAAUCUGUGGCUCUUCCGAUUUUCGCUGCUAGACCGCUGUUCUCACAACUUCGCACUACACCUCUAGCAGGUCAACGUUUCCUUUCUCACCUCCGCUCGCUAUUACUUCUCUUCGGUACUUAUGUCGCACCGACAUCACCAGGUAUCGCAAAUCUGCCACAAGCGAGUCGAUCUAUGCGUGUACCUCAAGAGAUUUUGACAAACGAAGUUUUGGAGGAGAUUAAAACUCGGUGUUGUUUUGUUGGUGAAAGCCUUGCUCCAAAUGCGUCAGAGCCAGUGGAUAAUGGGCCCACCCCAGACGACUCCGUCGUGUCUUCUGAUAUGGAUGUGCCUCCAACUAGUGACCCUGCUCAAUCCGAAUCCGAAUUUUCAUUUGCGGGCAGGGAAAGCGGCGUGUCGUCUCAACAUGACUCUUCAGAGUAUAGCGUUAUCUCGACGCCGCGUAUGGGUGGGAAACCCCAGGACAGACCUCCCGGUAGCGAAAAUCGUUUACAGGUCCUUGCGGAUAUGUACAUGCGACACUCCACUGCAACGGAUUUGCAGUUGCGUGUUGAACCUCCGGUAUCGAUGGCGAGCAGUAGUAUUCUGGGUUACGGGACCAUCAUUAUACCUGGGUGGAUACGAGAGCGCACAGCGGAGGUUUUAUUUGAAGGUGGAGACGUUGAUGAGGGUAGUCUUGCGGAAAUCAUACUUGAUGCUUUAUUGAAGGUCCCGGUCGACCUACGUAAAACACUUGCCUCCUCAAUUCUUAUCGUGGGGGGAACAUCGAUGCUCCCAGGAUUUAUACCUCGCCUUCACGUGGAACUCCUACGUGCCAUUUCCCCACCACCACUUCCACCAUCACGGCAGCCAACAAAACAUGACAAGGCCCCACCACCUCAUUAUGACCGCUAUGCUACUCUCCGUCCUCUUAUUCCUUAUCUCUCCAUUUUGAAUAACCCUUCGCCUCCUGCACCUCUUUCAGACCGAGCGAAAAAUAACGGUGGCAAAGCUCCUGCAUUUUCUCCCGCCACUAUGGCCUGGGUCGGGGGAUCACUAGCCGGAGCCCUCAAAACUGGGGGAACGGAGGUCAGUCGCGAGAAAUGGGAUGAAGCUGAUCCUGAAAUGGAAGAUACGGAUACGUCGAUAUCGGAAACCCCAGCGAGAAGUCGUCAAACGCAGCAGCAAACUCGCGCCUUGCAGAUUCCUCCACCGCGCAAUAUUCUUCCAGAUUGGACCAGAUUGCCGUUACCAGUGGGUGCGCCGUCGGUUGGUCUUAGUUCUACUAGUGUAAAAACUGUCUCGCCUACCGCUCUGAUACCUACUUCGCGGGCAAGAGUGGGUGCUUAG